AUGUCCGCCCAGGGAUCGCCCCAGCAAGACCACUCGCAACUAGCAGAGCUUGUACAGAACCUCGACGUCGAGUACGGCGCCACGCCCGGCAACCACCUCACCCUGCCAGCCGCGAGCGCGACGCUGCAGAGAGACCAGGUGGACAACCACUCAUUGUCGGAGGAUGACGCACCUCGAGAGAGCGGAGUCGCAGAAACCGCACAAGAUGCGAAGUCCCAGAGUCUGAAUGAUGUUGACUUGACGAAGCAGAUUCACGAUCUGAUGCAGCGAGUGGCUGCUCUACUUGACAAGAUAUUUCAGCUCCAAGAGCUACGGCAUACGUCCAGCAUCCCGAGCUCACAGCUCGAGCAUGUGCUGGAGGCUUUGGCCUCAUCCGCGUCCGAGAUUUCCACAUCAGUGGGCCAAGUCCAGGAAGCAGCAGCGUCGUACACUCAGCAGUGUACAGAUGCCGACAAGGCCAAAUGUCUCGAAGACGGGCUGGAAGAGUUGGACGAAGCGUGGACAAAGGCCCAGAACAGGUAUAAUGGGUUCAAGAUGGACGUCAAGGAAGAUCUGUGGCUGUCGGAAUUUGAAGCCUCUGCGGAGCAAGUGGAGGGACUCAUGUCGCCCUUAUCAAAGAGUUUGCUGGAUUGUCAAGAAUAUCUUGAGCGAUUCUCCAGGGCAUCGGGCCCUAUUCCCGAGAAAUCAGAAUUUGAAGAACAACUCAGCGUGGAGGGCCUGAAGAAUCUGGCCAAAGACCAUAGGUCGUUGCUCAAGACGUACAUGUCGAGCACGAAUAGGACACUCAAGAGGCUGGACAAAGACAUAACAGAAAAGAAGAUCACCAAUGGGGCUGCGUUGAGGCGGUUCAACGAUAUAAGUCAACGAUGGAUAGUGCUCCAGUCGCAUCUGCACAAGCUAGAUGAUCGCAUCGAGAAAGUGCUGGAUCAGAUCACGUCGGACAACCUCUACAACCGACAUCAGGACUCGGGGCCGGACGGAAUGGAAACGUUGAGGGAUGAUCUCGACGAGGUCCUGGCUCGGGCUCCGGCAGGCAGGAAUGAACGGCGGACUCCUCGUUCGUCCAUGUCGUCCAACAUGUCCUCCUCCUCAGCUCGGUCAGCCAACAGCCGUCUCAGUCCUGGUCCCCUCCCAUCCUCCUCCGCUCGUCCCCCACUUGGCCGCCGGCGCUCUUCUGUAUUCUCCAACAGCUCUGUUGCUACGGCACACACGACGUCUCAAGAUCGACCAAGGUGGAACGGAUCCACCAUAGUAGAUUCUUCUCCACCAUCUGUAGCUACGCCAACGGUAUCGCGGAUGCGACCGUCACCAGGUCCUGUAGCAGGUGGGAUCCACUUUCCUUCCGACAAGGGCAAUAGGAUCACGAGUCCGACCCCCAGCAACACUUCGAUGGCAAGCAGGGGCUCGAGGCGUCUCAGUCGGUUACCUGUCUACACUCCCAGAUCAUCAAACGGCCUGAUGUCACCGCAGAGCGAGGCCAGCCAUUUUUCCGGCUCAUCUGCCCAUAUAACCCGCCCUUCCUUGCCCGGAUCACUCUCCACCUCGCAGUUACUGACCCCCAACAAGGGCCAAAGCCAUCUUGAAAGAGCGGGCAUGGGACUCAAGACUCCCGAGCCAGGGAGAGGAGUUGGACCAGGGGGUAGUGGAAGGCCAGCCGGGACAUUUUCAGCUUUGCAGCCGAGGACGAGCUCGGGGGUAUCUACACCUACUCGUGCUAGACGAGAAUCAGGAGUCGGAGCUGGGUCUCAGACGGCGCCCGUGCCGAGGUUUGUGUUGGGCAGACCACCACCUUCGUCGUUCAACUCUCCUACUCCCACCCCACGAAUCCCAACAAGACCAGCCUCCCGCCAGUCUGCCAUGUCUUACGCGCCCUCUGUAUCCCAUGACCUCUCCACCCUCCGCCCAUUUCGUCCCUCCCCAUUCGAUCUUCUUGACCAAUCUGUGCAAGCGCUCUUGACGCAAGAAGCGUUCACAAUGGAACAAGGAUUCUUUGUGUCUAGAGUGGACGAGGCGCUAAAGCGGGGGCAGAGGCUGAGAGAUGGUGAAGAAUGGAAGGGAGAGUAUGUCUUUGGAGCUGGCAACAAGGGCUGCUCGGUCAGGAGGAUGGAGCUGCCCGGGAGGGGCAAGGACGGGGCAAAGAGGGUCAAGGUGUUGUGUCGCGUGGGCGGACGGUGGGUCGACCUGGUGGAGGUCCUGAAAGAGAGGAAAGAGAUUGUCGAGUUUAUGGAAUAG